CUGUUGCAGACGAUCCGGAAGCGGAUCAUCACCGGGUGAUGUUGGUUGGUGAGGAAACGGAAGGAGUGGGUCAUGAUUUUGAGACAGCUUCUGUGGAACUAUCUUCUUGCUUGCAGGUUCUUGCUGCUCCCUCAUCGUUUGGAGUUGUCGCAUUUGCUAGAGCCAUUGUUUUGAGGUAUCCUUUCAUUUCUUAAUG